UUUUUUUUUUUUUUUUUUUUUUUUUUCCAUCAACUCACAUUGACUACCUUAAAGAGUUUCAAGGCUGACGUCUCGAGCGAUAGCCCUUCGUCAGAGAGAAUGAUAGGACUGUUGACUGUUUUGUUGUGAAAGGCGGGAACGAUUAUUGAUGGUGCUUUUGGAAAUCUUGACAGUACAUUUCAUAAUUGGCGUAGAAUAAUUAUUUUUGAGACGACCUAGUGACUUAGCGGUAUUGCAACUCCGAGCAUCUUAUUAUCUUUAUCUUUAAAUUAGCCGGUGAAGAUAAUCAGUUGGUUUCAUACCAAGAUGACACCCACUGAUGGACACGCUUCACCAUUCUCUUAAUCUAUUCCUUGCCGGAUUACUUACUAAAAUUACUACGAGGAAAGGGCUUAGAGUGCAUAACACAUCAUUCGUGGUCGUUUGAUGCCACGUGCAAAUUUACCUCAUCUUAAUGUGAAGAACAAUUACAAAGUAAUAUCUUGAUGAUAAAGAUAAGUAACAAAAUGGAAAGUAAACUGAAAAGGAACGAUUAUUGGUGUAGAUGGAGAUGGACACCGAUUGCAUUUGUUCACAAAAGGCCAAAGGCGACAAGAAACGCUAAACGUGACUACGUUUAUUCCAAUGAUGGAAUAUUUGUUUAUCUAUCGCACUAAUCGGCUUAUCUAAGCAAUCUCACGGUCUUAAUUACAGAUUUUAUCACCCUUGUAGGAAUCUACAGAGAUUUUCCAUGUGUUGGCACCUUAAAUAUAGAUAAAAAUGUUGUUAUCUUGAUCGAAAACAUGACAAGAGCUUCCUGACAAUUAAUCCGGUUUCAGCAAAAUAAAGGUUCAUUACAGGACACGUUAUAGCGCAUCCCAGUUGCUCUUACCCAUAAAACAAGGUCUCAAAACGGAGAGUUGACAUUGUUGGCUGCAAAGCACCUCUAAAAAUGCUUCAGUUGUUUAUCUUUUGCGCUGUUCUUUUGUCAGUGAACAGUCAAGAUGUUGGGAUUAAAUCCGGGCAUACUCAAAAACAAACUAUUCAUCCCAGCCAGGGAAAAUCAUGCAACAUCAACAACUACAACAAUUUCUACGCUGGACCAAACAAGAAAGUUGAAAACCUUCUUGUUGAGGUAAAGAGGGAGUUAGAAGAGUUAAAGAAGCAAGUGGCUCAUUUAAGGAAUGGCAACAACACUACUUCAGAUGGAAACCCUCGAGGCUGUGCGAAGAUUUAUACAUCCGGACAAAAAAGCAGCGGUGUCUAUACAAUUGAUCCUGAUGGUUCAGGUGCCUUUGAAGUGUACUGUGACCAAACGACUGCCGGUGGUGGGUGGACUGUGUUCCAGAAGAGACUGGAUGGCUCGGUUGAUUUUUACCGCGACUGGAUUGACUACAAGAAUGGCUUUGGUAACCUGAAUGGGGAGUUUUGGCUCGGACUGGAUAAGAUAAACCGAAUUACAAAUAGUGCGAGUUAUGAGCUUCGAGUAGACAUGGAGGACACUGAAGGAAAAACAGCUUACGCCGAGUACGACUUUUUUUCUGUCACAAGCGAGAAGACUAAGUACCAGCUGAGGAUCGGGACUUAUUCAGGAGAUGCAGGGGAUUCUUUAAGUCGCCACAGUGAUGCGCCAUUUUCCACCAGAGAUCAAGAUAAUGAUAGUUAUGGAAACAGCUGUGCUGUGAUAUACAAAGGUGCCUGGUGGUACACAGCCUGCCACUCAUCCAACUUGAAUGGUUUUUAUUAUCAUGGAAAACAUUCAUCGUAUGCUGACGGUGUCAACUGGCGAACCUGGAAGGGGUAUAAAUAUUCCUUGAAACGCGUUGAAAUGAAAAUAAAACCGGCCAGUUUUGAGUGAAAACUGUUGCCGUUAAUUUGAUAAUAGAGUUGAUCAUAAAUGAAUAUCUGAAGGUUUUUCUCACGAGAAAGUCGCUGUCAAAUAGGAUUAGAACAAUUUCAAAAGAGUGUCGAAAGUAAAGUGAGAUUGCAUUGGUUUUCCUUUUCUUAGCUCUGCGCUUGGGUAAGAAAACUCGCCCCACUCUCUCGACCAAUGAUGACUCAGUUUUCACUUUGAGUUCCAAAGACUUCAUCUAAACAAUAUUCAUUAGUCUAAACCUAUAAGAACUCUAUCACUGUAGUUGUGAGCAAAAUAAUAAAGCUUAGCCUGUCCUGUUAACUUUUCAACAAUUAGCAGAUUUAUAUUCAAGUGGUUCGAUGAUUUACUCUCACGAUAUUAAGCCACAGAAAUUUGGAGCUCAUAGUCUAACUUUUGGUCAACUAAUAAAAUUAGCAGGCGGAAGCUGAA